AUUGGCCAAUAACGACCUUCACGAACAAACUAUUCCGAUUUGAACGCUUGUAAAUUUAAUUGCUCUACUUUGAAUCUUUCCACCUUGAUGGGAUCUCCAGAUUUCCCCAACCAAACCCACAUCGUCAUUUCAUCAAACACGUCGCAAUCAUUCCAUGGAACACAGAAAAGGCGAUGCCAGAAUCUACAUCAUUGCAGCCCUUCUACUCGUUUCCCUCCUCACCGGCAGCUUCCUCUUCUCCCUCUACAUCUUCCUUCCAAAAAACCAGUCGGCUCCCUGGUACCCCAUCGCCGGUUUUAUCCUUGUCGGCAUCCCAUGGAUCUUCUGGAUUGUCGCUUACCUCUAUAGAUGCUUUGUUCCGCACAACGUUAAAGUGUACGAAAGCAAUACCAGUAAUUUACCGGCAACGCAGCCGGACACCGCCACUCCGGUAACUGCGGGGACCCCUGCAACUAGCGCUUCGGAACAUGAUCGGGGUUGGGUGUCACCGGAACAGACCCCUAAAGGCGGGCGUCAAGUACAUUUCGGUGGCGUCCUUGUUGUUGGCAGUGGAAGUAACGAUUACGGGUCUACUAUAUGUGAAAGCAUGCCCGAUACGGAUUCAAGUCGGUAUUCAUCGGAUAGCGAUAGAAGCCCUGAUGAGGCUGAGAUCCUUGAUGGCAUCUAGGGAGUUCGAGAUGCCAUUAACUCUUUCAGUUGCUUCUAUAGAUAAUCCAUUGGCCAUGACAGAUUUGUGCUAAAGAGGGUAUACACAAUAUUGCAAUGUAAUGUAAUGUCAUCGACUUAAAUAGUUUAGUGUUCAUCUUCUUCUGUUGAAAAUAAGAGGUUUUGAGUUCG